UGCUAAUUUUUGAAUCUGAACUAAUAAAAAUCAAUGCAGUUACAUAAAUAAGCAUUCCAAAAACAAAUUGUUUGCGAUAUGAUUUCAAUUAAAAAUUUUCAUGCGGACAAACGCCACACGGCAUCAUCAGCAUCCAGUCUUUCAAUUCUUUCAGAACGCGAUAAUGAAUAUAAGCUACCGGUUGAUUUUAUAUCUGAUAAAAAUCUUGAAGCCCAAUUGGAUAACAACUAUAGGUUACAAGAUUCACAAAUGUGUAAAUUGGACAAGACGGGGAAACAACAUUUCAUGUCUAUACCAGACCAUCGAGUAAUUGACAGAAGCACAUUCAAGCGAUUAAGAAAUAAAGCUGUGGUAGUAACCGCGGAAGAUCGACGAAAAAAAGCUGAAGACUUGAUGGCAGAUAGAGAGAGGCUGGAAAGAGAAAGCGCUGCCAGGAAGCAAAAACUACAGAGCUAUGACCUAUAUAGAACUAAAGGAAAACAACUUGCACAGUUGGACGAUGAAGCAAAUAAGAAGUCCAAUUACCUACUGGCUAGAGCACAACAAUUGCGACAAGACCAAGAAGAUGAAAUAAAGCACUGCAAUUCUCUUAUAUUAAGUACAAAGUGCCAUGCGAUCAGAAACGCUCAAAUCGCUGAAAAACAGCUUAUUCAGAAAGAAAUGAAAGAAGAGGAACGUAGAUUGGAAGAAAUGAUGGAGCGGGAACGGGCGUUAGCCGCUAAAGAGCUUGAAAAGGCAGCAGAAGCCGAAAGGUUGAAAAAAAAAAUUCAAGCAGUUGAAGUCGAAAAACAAAUAAAAGAAAACGAGAUUGCCAGGGAAAUGGAAUUAGCUAGGAUAGCUGAAGAAGCGAUGAUUCGAGCGGAAGCAGUGAAUAAGAUCCGGCACGACGAAGCUGAAAACCACAAGAAAAGAAUGGAAAAACAAGCACAACUACGCAAAGAAUACAUGUUGCUCAACGCGCAGAUAAGAGAUUCGAAAAAACUAGAAGAGGAGAUGAAUAACAUCGAAGUGCUACAGAUACAAGAGUACACGCGCAAAAAAAACGAACGGGAAAUAGCGUUCGAGCGAGAGCUACAAAAGCAAAAACUACUGAAGGAAAAAACUAUUGCCAAGAUACAGGCGAGUCAACAAGCUACAUACGAUUUACGUGCAACUAAAGACGAACUAAACGCGCUCAGAGUUAGAGACCAGGUAGAACGUGAGUGGCGCCGUAAGGAACGAGAAGAGGCCAUAAAAAAAGCCGCGAUAGAAGAAGAACUAAACGCAACAAGACGCAAACAGAUGGAAGAUCAAAGAAAAGCAUACGCGUUUGAAAUUCAAAGAGAAAAGGACGAAACCGAAAAAAUCGCUAAACUUAAUAUAGAAGACAUAAAAAAGAGUAAAGAAAUGGAAGAAAAAAAUAAAAUGAAAAUCGAAGCACAUCGUAAAAACCUACUAAAACAAAUCCACGACAAAGAACAAGAAAGGAUACUAGAAAGAAAAAGAUUCUUCCAAGAAGGAAUUAAGUUGAAACAAGAAGAACUUUCUAGGCAAAAAAUGUUACGGGACACAAUGUACAAUAAAAUCGAGGAACUCAAGAUGCACAACGUACCGGAAAAGUUUGUUCAAGGAAUUGUGAGACAACUCAAGUUACACAAAUAAUAAGACUUUCGACGAGACAAAUAUUUCUAGAAGAACUGUUUUUACAGUAAAUACAAUUUCAGCAUUCUAAAAAUACCUAUUGUACACUUAUAAACCUAUUACAAAUUUACAACUCGUAUUAUGACAUAUUAUACUACGUGUCUACGUACAAUGGGCACACGCGAAUCGAUCGUGCAAGAGAUGAAUUUCGCACUCAAGAUGAGAUUCUCGGCGACAAUCUAAUGGAAUUCCCGUGUACGUUUUAAAUCUGGCGCAACAAAUUGGUUUCGAUUGAAUAGCCACAGAAUACGAUGUUCCAUAAGCUAUUCCUAAUAUAACAUUCAUUAUGAUAUACCUACGCGUAUAAUUGCAGUUAUUUACCGUUAGAACAAUUUAUGGAAACUUAAAACGUUGUGUUCACUGCAUAAUACUUGUUUCAAACUGUUACGCUAUUACUACGUGCAACGUGUAUGCAGCAAUUCUUUUCAUGUUAAAACUAAGUGAAAUCAAUGUUUAAAAUAUUAACUUAACCUAGCAUACUUUUCUUAUAUAAAAAAAAUACUGCUUACGAGUUACGAAUUUGGAAUAGCUUAGAUUUGUUCUACAAACCAAAUUACCAAAAUAAAAUCAUAGGUCAGUAAAUACUAGGUACAAUAGUAAUUUUUAGUUACUUUCUAUUUCACGUGGUAAUAGACAACACUAAAUUAUAAUAAAAUAUUCAAAUACAACUGUAACAACA